CAUUCGCACUAAUCAACCUCCCCAUAUCUACUCCACCUCUCCUUCUUCCAUUCUUUCUUUCUUCUUUCAUACAACUUUUGGAAUCUUAAAUUCUUUCGAUUUUACGAUUUUAUUUCCCUCAAUAUCAUAACACAAAUUAUCUCGAAGUCAACCAUCGAGAUUUACUUUCAAAUAAAGUCGCCACCAUGGGGAUGCUUCCAAGAGAAAUGAUCCCAAGUCUUGGGCUCGCUCGAAGGAGCCUUGAUGCUCUUCGGGGUAAUGAGGCACCAACUGAACAGUUCAAAAUGCCGGCAUGGAGUAUCGUGAUGAUUGGAAGUACUCUUGUUGCAUUCUUCUUCAUGGAUUUUUUGGUACGUUCUUCAAGUCACAUCCACGGUUAUCUCCUUUCCUGAUAUGUUCCUGUGGUCAUGAAUUAAUUAUCUAACUAUCAAGUUAGAUUGAAUAUACCUUCACCAGACUCAUCCCUACUCUUGUUAUGGUCGAAUCUCCUCAAGCUAUUCUAUUUGAACCCCUCACAUCUGAAGAUCCCGAUGCGAAAUCCGAUCUUAAAGGAGAAGUCGAACCGGAACUUUUACUCGUCAAGCAACAACCCAUUACUUCAAGCUUUAAAUCAACAAUCAAACAUCUUCGAGCCCGCGCCGGACGUAAAAGCUCUUUCCGUGGUGUUGGAAUUUACUUUGUUAAGACCUUUGUGCUUCAUCUACAAAUGAAUUUCCUUUCGAUUUUCCUCCCUAAGACCUUCGCCCUUCCUCUUGCAACUAUUCUCUGUGCACCUUUCAGUUUGGCAUGGACACACAUUGUUAUCUCGGAUCCUAGCCCACUUCCAUGGUACAAGAGAAUGCCAGAUGUCGCAACUAUUAAAAAGGUUAUUCCAGCAACAGCUAUCUAUGCUCUCGCCAGAGGAGCCGUUUUCUUCCUCCCAGGUUACCUCGCUCUUUCUUACGGUCUCUUCGAAACUGAUCCAUCAACUAUGACUCCGGAACAAAUCACAACCAUGGGCUUACAAACCGCUUCCGUCAUUACUCUAACCGCUGUGCUUGCCUUCCUUGUUCUCAUCCCAGCAAGUGUCACCCUUACUCGUGUUCAAGCUUCCCUUCUCGCCGAAAAGGAGGAAUCUAUCGUUCCAUUUGAUCGUACAUUUGGUGGACGUGUCUCCGAAGAUGGUGUUUUGGGUGCCCUUGAUGCAUGGAGAACUUUUGAUUGGAACUCUCGUGUUAGAUUGUUAAAAGCAUAUGUCAGGGCUGCUGCCAUGGAAAUUGCUGUCAUAACAUUCUUCGCUACUAUCUUGUGCACACAAGUUAUGUUAGUUCUUGGUACCGAACACAGGACGGUCAUCCUUGGAACAGACUGUCAAGGAAAACCUAUUCAAUUUGAUAUGUAAAGGGUGAAUACUCAUCGUAUCAAUGUUUCUAUCUGUCUCAACUCUGCACUGUCUGGAAGAAAUUGACCCUUGAAUGAGAUAUUGUUAUCCAUUUUUUCAUUUGUUUAACGGGGUGUUGGAUGGGUAGGGGGCUGGAUAGGAGGCUGGAUAGAAGGCGAACUUUUGUGCCAUUGUCAUUUAGACAUAUAGUAAACUGUAUACAGUAUACACCAUACAUCUAUGAAAUUGUAUUAUAAAAAGCAAUUGAUAUUAUUGCUAGUAUUAUUCUUGAUCCGAUCUAUGACUUCCACUUUGAUGUGUUUGUG